CGCUAGUCCAGCACGCUUGGACGUCCAGAUACUGUCCUUUCUUCUCAAUCUUGAUUCGAGUGUGAAUUCAUUUACGAGCGGCCGAGUCGUCACUGAAUCAUUACCAAUGGCGACCACUGCUACCCAGGCAGCUUCUGCCACCAAGUCGAAGCCGGAAAGACUUCCUAUCACUGUCUCCAAGCCCACUCCGUACACUUUCGAUCUCGGUCACUUGCUUGUCAAUGAUCCCAAUCCCCUCGAAUUCUCCCGCUCCGAGCCGCUGGAAACUACCUUGAAGGCCACCGCCCGCGACGGCACACAGUCUCUCCUCAACCAGCUCUUGACGACCUGUCCCAUCACCUCUUCACAACAGGGUGUGCUUCUCAGCCUUCCCGCGCCCGCCACUGUUCUUCCCCGUCACAAGCCCCUGCCGACGCCUAAGCCGCCGACCAAGUGGGAGUUGUUUGCACGCAAGAAGGGUAUUGGCAAAUUCAGCAGCAAGCCUGGUGCGGCUUUGGCGGACAAGGAGCGCCGCAAGAAGCUCGUGUACGAUGAGGAGAAGGGCGAAUGGGUGCCUCGCUGGGGCUACAAGGGAAAGAACAAGAACGAGGAUGAUUGGUUGGUGGAGGUGAACGAGAAGGAUUGGAAGAAGGAGGAAGAAGCCGCUGCCAAGGGAAGCUCUAUCCGUGGUAUCUCGCGCGCCGAACGCAAGGACAGGAUACGACGCAAUGAGAGGAAGAUGCGGUCGAAUGAGCGCAAGUCGAGAAAGUCUGGCGGCGGUUAAGUCAGUUAGGGAUGACAAAGUGCGUUUUGAGAAGCCGUGGUUGUGUUGUUGGAGAUAAUCCCUCAUUUGCAUCAUUUAACGGGGGCUUUCCUUAUAAGGCGUUCGGUCGGAGUCGCUGGUCUGCUGGUCUUGAAUGUCAACUUGCCUACGUAUGCACAUUAUCAUUAGUAGGCCCAGAAAAGCAAUAUUACAUUUACG